AUGACUCAAAUGCACAACUACAACAUCGGGCCAGUGUCUCGCUUUGCGAGCCUGAAUGCGGCCAUUCGAAGACCCAGAGAGAUAACAUUCUUCUCGUUCGACGAGGACCACCGUUUUCGCCACGAUGACUCCAGCCUACGUUACUACUACCCGCCUGCACUGCCCUGCGACCUGAGCAAAGGCUUCGAGACUUUUCGACAGCUCGAUGACUCCGGUGAUGACCACCUGGACGGUCUCUUGGAAGCACUGAUCGCUCACGAGAAGGAGAAAGGGUCAAGAACAGAUAUAGACUUUGUAACCUGGCGAGGUAUGAUGACCAAGAUCAUGGUGGCCCCUUUCUCCAAGCUGGACGACUGGGAGAUGAAUGCAACAUUGUUUCAAGGCACCAUAUACCUUGAAGAGAACCACACCAAGAAGAUUUCUUCUCGGCAGCAGCAGUAUUCAUCAGCAGGGCGACCAGGUGCUUUGUCCCAAGACCUCAUGAGUUUCUGGGGAUACAAGUUCGAAUCGGUGUCGCUGAUGCCGACGCCAUGGCCUGAGACGUCUCGCGAGUAUAUCGAAGCUCGUGAAGACGAGCCGGUGAGCAAUUAUGCGCAGUACUGCUCCAUUGUGCGCACGGGCUUCGGCAAAGUGAAGAUGAUACUUGCUGGGGAAGUUGACGCUGUCAUGGCCUUCAAGCCGGAAGACAAAUCCAAGCCGAUAGAUUGGGUUGAGUUGAAAACCACCGCUAUCGUCACAAAUGAGAAGGAGCAGGUCAAGUAUGAGAGAAAGCUGCUCAAAUUCUGGGCACAAUCGUUCUUGCUUGGAGUACCGAAAAUCGUUGUUGGCUACCGAACCCAGCAAGGUAUCCUGGAACGGCUAGAAGACUUGGACGUCCAGACCAUUCCCGACAAAGUGAAGCUCAAAGGCAAAGCUCUGUGGGACGGGCAAACCUGCAUCAACUUUGCCGCGAGCUUUCUAGAAUGGCUCCAAGAUAUCAUCACUUCCGAUGGCGUCUGGCGGAUCCGGAAGCGCGAGAAUGUCCCGGUCCUGGAAGUGUUCAAGCUUGAGGAACCAGGUCAUGGAGACAUACUCUCACCCGCUUUUAUCGGAUGGCGGACUGGUGGCCUCGAGGCUCACCAGCAACAUCUGCAGUGCUUGAAGGAACAACCCAUUGGUGAUGGUGUUGAGCCUCCUUGA